AGAUUUUCUUAUUUCGGUUGUGCCAUUCAUAAGCACUCUCCCGCUGUCUUCGAAAAACACUUCCCCCUCACUUCACCGCUGCCGCCGUCGUCACCGCCACCGCUGUUGUAGAUCGCCGGCGUCCGAUCACAGCCUCGAACGACGACGUUUCAUUCUCUCCACAAUCUCUCAUGGCCGGAAUUGUUACCCCUCAUGCCUCUUCACAAUCCGCCAUCAUUCACAUCAAUGGCAAAAACACAUUUCUCUCGCCCCCAAAAACCCUAGCUUUGCCAAUUCUCUCCGGCUCUGGAGGCUCUUUUCUCCGAAUGAGAAGCACAAAGCGGCUCGAGGCGAAGCCGCUUGCUCUAUCGCAGAACAGUUCAGCUACUUGUGUUGAGUUAUCGGAUGAUGUUAAACGGAAUAAGAGUCCGAUUAUUGUUAUUGAUAAUUAUGAUAGCUUCACUUAUAAUCUCUGUCAGUAUAUGGGAGAGCUUGGAUGCAGUUUUGAGGUUUAUCGAAACGACGAGCUUACUGUGGAUGAGCUGAAGAAGAAAAAUCCAAGGGGAAUACUAAUAUCACCUGGACCAGGUACACCUCAAGAUUCAGGCAUAUCAUUGCAAACUGUACUGGAACUUGGACCAACAAUUCCGUUAUUUGGUGUUUGUAUGGGUUUGCAAUGCAUGGGAGAGGCUUUUGGAGGAAAAAUUGUGCGUUCUCCAUAUGGGGUGAUGCACGGGAAAAGCUCCCCCGUAUAUUAUAACGAAGGUGGGGAAGAUGGUUUAUUUGCAGGGCUAUCAAACCCAUUCACAGCUGGUAGAUACCACAGCCUGGUAAUAGACAAGGACACUUUCCCCAAAGACGCCCUUGAGAUAACUGCAUGGACAGAAGAUGGUCUUGUAAUGGCUGCUCGUCACAAAGUUUAUAGACACAUACAGGGGGUACAAUUCCAUCCGGAAAGCAUCAUCACAAGUGAAGGCAAGACAAUAGUUCACAAUUUUAUCAAAUUGAUAAAGAGGAAGGAAGAAGCAGAAUCUCAAAACUAGACAACUCUCUUUACUUGCUGUACAAAAUCGUGGUUUUGCCUCGAUAAACCGAUGCAAAAAUAUAUUAUCGGUCUUUGUUGUAACUUUGCUAAGUUAAGUUAGAAGUAUUGAAUUUAAUUUUGAAAUUCUUUAGACAAGGUUGGUUUAUUAUUGAAGAUGAUAUCAUGAGGAUCUUGAGAUA